AUGGCGAAAAGCUCGUUUGAGAAUUAUUUUUCGUUCCAAAUUUUUUUCAUUUUCCUCCGGGAAUCAUUAGAGAUCAUCAUCAUUAUCUCGAUCUUGUUAACGAUUGUUAAGCAAGCUUUGUUUUCUCAUGAUAACACGUGUGAAUCCUCCUCAUCCUCCAUAGUUAACAAUGCGGAACCAGUUACUGUCGAGGAAGAAGCAGCUUCCGCUUUGUUAAUGCGAGAAAAUGAAAUAAACUCAUCGGAGUUGGGAAUAGAAGUUGACAAUGAGCAAAUAUACAAAAGGUUGAAAUUUCAGAUUAUAUCCGGUGGACUACUUGGUCUUUUAGCCUGUAUGCUAAUUGGUGGUGCGUUCAUUGUGGCAUUUUAUUAUAUUGGUGCCGAUUUAUGGUCCCUAAGUGAACAUUAUUAUGAGGGUGUUUUAAGUGUUAUUGCAUCAGUUAUCAUAUCUGUGAUGGGUCUAUUCUUUUUGAGGAUGGGGAAAUUAAGAGAAAAGUUUAGAGUGAAACUUGCUUCUAUAAUAUACUCUGAUAAACUAUUGUCAAGAGAGUACGGGGAAAGUCGGGCAAAGACCUUUGGUGAGAAGUACUCUUUAUUUAUAUUACCUUUUGUCACAUCUUUAAGGGAAGGGUUGGAAGCAGUUGUGUUCAUUGGUGGUAUUGGUAUCGAUAGUCCAUUAACAUCAAUACCACUUUCAAUGCUCUCGGCUACUGCAAUCUCUGCAAUAUUCGGUGUGUUCUUCUUCAAGUAUUCCAAAUCUUUUUCUUUGCAAAUAUGUCUAGUGAUAACAACCUGCUUCUUGUACUUAAUUGCUGGAGGUUUGUUUUCCAAAGGUGUUUGGCAAUUUGAAUUACAAAGGUAUGUUGAUGCAUGUAAUGGUCAGGAUAUGAGUGAAGUCGGUAAUGGUCCUGGAUCAUAUGAUAUUUCGCGCUCCGUGUGGCAUGUCAAUUGUUGUAAUGGUGAAAGAGAUGGGUUUUGGAUGGUUUUAACUGCUAUAUUUGGCUGGACUAACUCUGCUACUUAUGGUUCUGUUAUAAGUUAUAUUGCAUAUUGGUUAGUCGUGAUUGCAGUUAUUAACUUGAUGAUGGUGGAGGAAAAAUACGGAUAUAUUCCAUUUUUACCAAUCAGCUUACAAAGAGGAAGAAUCAAUAAAAGAAUUACUAUCAUUGAAAAGUCAUUAUCCUUAAAAUCGCAACCCGCAUCUGCAGCUGUAACACCAUCUUCUAUUCAAAAAAAUACCCCAGAACUUCCAAGAUCCUCUUGUGAUACACAUGAUAGUUCGAGUCAUCUGUUAAGUGCAGACGUUACCCCACCAAGCUACCAGUAA